UUCCCUCUUUGAAACCUUAGCUGAGGUUUGAUUUGUUCAAAAUCAGACAACAAAACUUCAUCUUUGUGUUGUCUGAUUCAUAAAGCAAAAAUUAAAAGCCCGCCUUUGACAACUUAAAUGGAUAGCUAGGUUUAUUGGAUUUGCUGUCUCCCCGUCAACACUUUGUCAAAAACAGCCGUUUCCUGAACUCGUCGAGCAGCUCUCUUCUAAACAUCAUGAAAACACCAUGGGCCUCUCAUGAAAACACCAUAGCUAUUUGUCUCCUCUCACUCCCACUUAGACAAAAUAAGGGUUUUUCUUUGAAUCGUUUCCAUCAAAGACUUCUCCGUCACUUUCUUCACACUUCACAGUCCCUUCCCAAAAACCUCGACUUCUCUUAAACAUCGCGCUUUGGCACAGAUCUCUCUCUCUCUCUAACAGAUCUCAGAUCUUAGAAGAAGAUUGAAAGAAGGGGAACAAUCCUUCUCUCAAUCUGGACAGUAAUGGCUUCACUCUUCACUCUCCAUCACUCUCCCUCGCUUUCCUUCUCCCCAAGAACCCACCUUUACUCGCCGAAAUGGUGCCGUUUCCGAGCUCAAAUUUCAACUAACAGCGGAGCGAAAACCGGCGCCGCCGUCGUUUGGCUAAAGCACGACCUCCUAAUCGACGAUCAUCCACCUCUCAAUCUCCUUUGAAUCCCUCUUUCGUCUCCACGCGCCACCCCAUUCCCGCAAAAACCUAAUCCACUCGCCCUCUCAUGUCGCCGGACGGCGACGUCUGCACCUGCUGCGCAGGCGAGAAUGGCGGCUCUAACGGUGAUCACGCCGAAGAUCUGGUGUGCGCACAUUACAGAAAAUCUGAUCCCUCUCCGUCGUCGUUUUGCUAUUCCUCUUCGCUCAAAUACGUUCCUGUGCCGUCGAGCGAUUCCGAGAAGCUACGGCGGGUUGUGACUGCUUCGAUUAAGGGUUUCACCAUCGGCGCCGGCCUCAAAGGCGGCCUCGCCGUCUUCUCCAUCCUAGCUAGACUCAGAAAGAGAAAGCUCUUAGCCUCUCUCAGGACUGAGGGUGCGAUUACGAAUAAUGAAGCAAUUGUUACUGUUUUGAAGGAGACCUUGAGAUAUGGUCUGUUUCUUGGGACUUUUGCAGGCACAUUUGUUUCAGUGGAUGAGAUUAUUGCUUCUUUGGGAGGCCACCGUAGGACAGCUAAGUGGAGGGCUUUGUUAGCAGGGCUUAUAGCAGGACCGUCUAUGCUUCUUACCGGGCAUAACACGCAGCAUACGAGCUUGGCUGUAUACAUACUUAUGCGUGCUGCCGUGUUGGCCACGCGUUGUGGGAUUAAAAGCAAACGGUUUGGUCGUGUUUGUAGACCUCUCACUUGGAAGCACGGUGACAUUUUCUUUAUGUGUCUCUCCUCUUCGCAAAUUCUGUCUGCUUACAUAUUGAAGCAGGAGAGUUUGCCUCCAUCAUAUAAAUUCUUUCUCAACAAACAUGGGGGAAAGGAUAUCACAAUUUUGCAAGGUGAUUCUAUUAUUUCUCCAGGAGCAAAGCAAGUUUUAAUCCCCCUUGCUGUACCACUUUCAAGAAAUAUCUCAGGUGCUGUAACUGCAUUACUCCGGUGGCCUACAGCUCUGCAAGGAACAUUGAUAAAUCCCUCUGGUGAAAUGUCCUGUGCUGGGUUAAGUGAACAAAACUGAAUUUGAUGCAAGGGGGAAGUUUCAGCAGUACAUAAGAACAUGUACUUCAGAACUAUUGAUGUCCUGGCAUCAAGGCUUUACUUCUAUUACUCUCUUAGCUAUGAAUAUACUGGUGAUCUCGCAGAAAUUAGAGGGGUCGCGGCUUAUGGCUUUCGGUGGUUAGUAGUGAAAUCAGAUCUCUGAAAUGCGAUGCUUUUGUGUACUUGUUCAUCUACUGCUCCAUGCAUGGUUGGUAUUUUGCAUUCUACAUAUUGAUAAGCCCCUUCUUGACACAGGGGACCAAAACCAAGUUUGUCUUUGCAAGCCCAGCCAAAUCUGCAGAGAUCCUUUUCAAGUACAUUUCUGCUGAGCAUGUUCCUAUACAAUAUGGAGGUUUGAGUGUGGAUUACUGUGAGUGCAACCCAGAAUUCACCAUUGCUGAUCCGGUCGCUGAAGUAACCAUCAAACUUGGGACAAAGAAGACUCUGGAAAUUAUAAUUUAUGAGAAGUGCACCAUCAUAUGGGAACUUUGUAGUUGGGUGGGAUGUGAGCUAUGGAGCUGAAUUUGUUCCGGUUCCUGACUCUAUACUGAUCAUUCAAACAGCCACAAAGAUGACUCCAACUGAUGAACCAUUAAAAGGGAUUUCACAGUUUGUUGGAGCUUCAACAGGAACUUGGAAUCUUAAAAUCCCUGUUAAAGACGCACUAAGUGAUGGUCAUGGUCAUAAUUCUCCUCCUCCGAGAGCUUAACUUCUUAUGUAAAAAUAUGAGUCUGGUUUAAACACCACUUCUGUAAUAUGUAAAGUUAUAACAUUUUCAAUUAAUGUUUCUUAGCUUAUUAUUAUGACUGUUUUACGUACAAAAUUUCAAUGCAAACCCGCAGCAUCACGCGGGGAGUAUUGGUUAGA